CUACCGCCUCUUAACAACUGAUUUCUUCCUCGUCUGGCUUUCGACCGUGUGUCUCAGUUGCUUAAGCCUUUACUCUGUUUGCACGACAUGCGUUCAGUAAAGAAGAUGUUUGUCUUUCUUUUGUUAGUUGUGACAGCGACCUUCGUCUCUGCUGACCAGAUGACAGCAGCCACGGUGUACUGGGACCCCCAGCACAAGAUCGUCCUGCUGAAGGAGGGGGUGCUGGAGACGGAGGGGGAUGCAUACGGGUAUCUGAACGAUACUCUGUCCAGUACAGGCUGGAGCAUCCUGGAGAUCCGUGCCGGGUACGGACAGACCCCUGAAACUGACGAGGUCACUUUCUUCCUGGCAGGCUACCUCGAAGGCUUCCUCACUGCCCAGCAGAUGAUGAACCACUACGCCAACAUGUAUCCGCAGCUGAUCCGAGACCCAAAGAUCCUCGGCCCGGUUCAGAGUUUCAUGGAGAAGCAGGAUGCGUGGACCAGAGAGCAGGUGAAACUGAACAAGAGCUCUGAUCCUCUGUGGAAACACACAGGGUACAUUGUGGCCCAGAUGGAUGGGCUGCAAGCAGGGGUCGCAGACUGGGCCAAGAAACAAGGAAAAAAGCCGCUGUCCCUGUUUGCCAUCCAGUUCCUGAAUGCAGUGGGAGACCUGCUGGAUCUGAUCCCAGCCUUGGUUCCCACCUCCAACCCUCUACUCAGAGACUUCAAACUUCCAGGGAUGGGACACUGCUCUGCACUCAUCAAGAUGCUGCCUGGCUUCGAGAACCUCCUGUUUGCCCACUCCAGCUGGUACACAUAUGCUGCCACAAUGCGGAUCUACAAACACUGGGAUUUCCAUAUCACUGAGCCCCACACAGCCACUGGGAAACUGUCCUUCAGCAGCUACCCUGGCUUCCUGGUUUCUCUGGAUGACUUUUACCUCUUGGGCAGUGGCCUGAUGAUGACCCAGACCACCAACAAUGUCUUCAACUCCUCCCUUUUUGAUAUAAUCACCCCCAACAGCCUGCUGUCUUGGCAGAGGGUCAGGCUGGCUCACAGUUUGGCACAUACUGGAGAAGAGUGGGCCAAAACCUUCACUAUGUACAACUCUGGUACUUAUAACAACCAGUACAUGGUGUUGGACAGGAGCAAAGUGAAGCUGGGCCACAGUGUUGAUGACGGGGCUCUGACUGUGGUGGAGCAGAUCCCCGGGCUGGUGGAGUACUCUGACCAGACUCAGGCUCUGCGCAGAGGUUACUGGCCGUCCUACAACAUUCCCUUCCACCAGAAGAUCUACAUGCUGAGUGGUUACGGAGAAAUGUGGAAGGAGUAUGGAGAGGACUUCUCCUAUGAUCUCUGUCCCAGAGCCAAGAUCUUCCGCCGUGAUCAGGCUAAUGUCAACGACCUGGAUUCCUUGAAGCACAUAAUGAGGUCCAAUGACUACAGGAAGGAUCCGUACUCCAAGGGUGACCCCUGCAAGUCCAUCUGCUGCCGGGGUGACCUCAGAGCGGAGAGGGCUUCUCCAGAUGGUUGUUAUGACACUAAGGUAACAGAUUUCAACAUGGCUGAGGACUUUGGUGCGGAGGCGCUGAACGGGCCAACAACAGAGGACGGACUCCCACCGUUCUUUUGGGAUAAAUUCACCAGCAUCAGCCACCAGGGUCUGCCACGGUACUACAACUUCACCUUUGUCAGGAUGCAGCCUCUUCUCUUCAAGCCGUGAGUGAGUGAGUGAGUGAGUGUCAAAGGUACGAUCUGAUGUUUCUUUUGUGGAUCACACACCUAUUUGCACAAUGAUGAUUUUUAUUAUCGCUUGAAAUUCAGAAUAUAGCGUCCCAGGGUGUGUUGGAUGAUUAAUUACACUAGAAAUCAGUAGUAUUUUAAUAACUGCAGCCAUUUGUGCCUGAGGGUAACUAUGAUUUAUUUUAUAAAAUGCAGAAUCAGUGCACUAAAUCAGUGGUUAUGGUGUCUUCAAUCCUUUUCUAAAUGCUUGAAUGUCUUCAUACACGCAAACACUAUCAUCUCAGUGGUAAAUGAAAUAUUUCGUGCAAUGUCAUACUCAGGGCUGAUGAUCUUCGCUUGUGCUGUUAUUUAUAGUCAUUUAUUUGUUGUACUGUGCUAAAUGAAACUAUCUCAGGUUUGUAUUUGUGUAUAAGCCUGUGUUUCUUAUGCAAUGUGAUGUAUAAUACAGCCCAUCUGUAUCAUGCCGUGUUAAUUCAUUGUUUAUUAAAGUUCUACAGUUGUAUAA